CCCCCGGGCGCUGUGUCCCCUCCCGGUUCCCUGCUAAGCCUCCCCCUGUCCCGCAGAACCCUCCGGCUGCUGCGGCAGAACCUGGACGAGGAGGCCAAAAUCAUGAGGGACGUUCCCGGCUGGAAGGUGGGCGAGUCGGUGUUCCACACGGAUCGCUGGGUGCCCCCGACGGUGGACGAGCUCUAUUACCUGCGGCCCUCGGCCGAGAUGGACAACGAGAAGUUCGGGCUGCAGUACUACGUCUGAGAGCCGCCCCUUCCCGGGCUCCUCCUCCCCUUGUUCCAACAUUUCACGGGUUGUUUUUUCCCCUUCCC